AUGACUGUCCCGCUCGUAGUGGAAUUUGAUAGCCCUGACGACUUUGUCAUUUUCAUUUUGAACAUACUAAUAGCUACCACUAUUGUUAUAGUCGCUGGUUCGGUAGUUACAGCUAUACUUUGCACAGAGUCUCUUCGCACGGAAAACAGAUUCAUUUUCAUGCUGAACACAAGCAUAAGCGAUGUGUUAGCGGGUUUUGGUUAUUAUUACACUGGACUGUUUGAUGUGCAAGAAUAUUAUCCAUCAAGGAAUUCAACAUUUUACAUAGUACCUUCAUUUGGGGGAGUGAACGUUUUUACUGUUCUUUUCGCACAGAUUGAUCGAUAUCUAGCCAUAAGUCACCCUUAUGUUUAUAGUCGCUACAUCACCAGGUCACUAAUUAUUGGAAUUUGCAUUUUUUGUUGGGUUUACGUUUAUUUAACAGUGUUGAUUAGAAACGUCGUCACUUCGGAUGUAUCUACAAUGCAUAGUGCAUAUGGUCCAUUAACUUUUCAGAUAUUAAUAACGUUUACAAUGCUUGGACUGAACCUUAAACUCUAUCUUAUUGCUAAAUAUCAACUUUCACGAGAUCCGCCAGGUCCGGAAACCAACAACAAGAAAGCCUCGCUGAGACUCAUUAUUGUUGUGGCGUUUUGCUUCCUUGGUCUUUGGACUCCAGUGUUCGUCAAUAGCAUUCUGACUAACAUGGCGUCACCGUAUGCAUACAUAUAUAUAAAUAAUGGGACUGACCCUUUCAUUGUACUGUCCCAAGUAAACCCCAUUUGCACGCCAGCCCUGUACAUAAUGGGAAGUGCAACUCUUAAGGAAGCUGUUCUGAGAAGAGUCUGGUGUGUGUUCCGGAAAUGUAAAAGAAGGUGA